CCCGAGGGCUCGCGCGGGCGGGCUUCCACAUGGACCUUAAGGAGCGGAUCCGCCGCUCGCCGCCGAUGACGCCGACGCCGCCGCAGGGGGAGGAGGCGCUUCUGGCGUCGUCGUCGCCCGGGCCCCGCGGCGGGAGGAAGGGGCGGGCGGUGGUGCUGCCGCUGUCCGCCGCGGCGCUCGUGGCGGGCGCCGUCGUCUUGCUCUUGCUCGCCGGGGGCUCCGCGGCGCGGAGGGGGCAGUUCCUCGACGCUGAUCCCACCGGUCUUUCCCGGGGCGGUGACCGUGCUGGCUUGCACCUAGCCCAGUCGAAAGAUGGAGAAAAUGGCACCCUAGCAUCUUCGGAAGUUGUCGAUGACAAACUACUGGGUGGUUUGUUAACUACUGGAUUCGAUGAACAAUCUUGUCUAAGCAGACAUCAAUCAGUAUUCUACCGUAAAGAAUCAUCCUACUUUCCAUCUGCGUAUCUUCUGGAGAGAUUAAGGGAACAUGAGGCACUUCAGAAGAAGUGCGGUCCACAUACUGAAUCAUACAAGCAAGCUAUCAAGCAGCUAAAGUCCGGACAUGAUGCUAAGGUUAUGGACUGCAACUACUUGGUCUGGGUAGCUUACAGUGGUCUUGGGAACAGGAUUUUAACAAUGGCUUCAGCAUUCCUCUAUGCUCUCCUCACAAAAAGAGUUUUACUUGUCGACGGUGAUAAAGGCACGUCAGAUCUUUUCUGCGAACCAUUCCCUGAAACGUCUUGGUUACUUCCGUCAAAAUUCCCUAUUAAGCAGUUCAGGAAUUUCAGUAAUGGUUCUCCUGAGAGUUAUGGAAACAUGCUGAAAAACAAAGCUAUCCAUUCUAACCCUGCAUUUCUUUACCUCCAUUUGGUGCAUGAUUAUGGUGACUAUGAUAAACUCUUUUUCUGUGAGGAUAAUCAGAAUUAUCUUCGAACUAUUCCAUGGCUGAUUCUAAAAUCAGAUAAUUACUUUGUACCGUCACUUUUCCUGAUUCCAGCAUAUCAAGAGGAACUCACAAGGCUUUUCCCUCAGAGAGAUUCUGUUUUCCAUCACUUGGGCCGUUACUUGUUUCACCCUAGCAAUGUUGUGUGGGGCAUGAUCACAAGGUAUUAUGAUUCUUAUCUAGCUAGAGCUGAUGAAAGGCUUGGUAUUCAGAUCAGAGUCUUUGAUCAUGAACCAGGCCCAUUUCAGCAUGUCUUGGAUCAGGUUCUUGCAUGCACGCUGAAGGAGAACCUGUUACCAGAGACCAAUAGUCAACAGCCAAUUAUCUCAACACGGAAUUCUAGGUCAAAAGCUGUUCUUAUUACUUCUCUGAACUCAGGAUACUAUGAAAAGUUCAGAAACAUGUACUGGGAACAUCCAACCAAGAACGGUGAGAUAAUUAGUUUCCACCAGCCAAGCCACGAGGAACAUCAGAGCUCAGACAAGAAAAUGCAUAACAUGAAAGCAUGGGCUGAGAUUUAUCUAUUAAGCUUGUCUGAUGUUAUGGUCACUAGUGCUUGGUCAACCUUUGGGUAUGUUGCUCAGGGUCUCAGUGGUUUGAAGCCAUGGCUUUUGUUCAAGCCUGAGAACCGCACUGCACCUGAUCCACCUUGCCGUCAAGUUUUAUCUAUGGAACCUUGCUUUCAUGCUCCACCUUUCUAUGAUUGCAAAACCAAGAGGGGAGCUGAUACUGGAAAGCUUGUCCCACAUGUAGGACAUUGCGAAGAUAUGAACUGGGGGCUUAAGCUAGUUGAUCAGAAUGAGUGGUAGAUGUAUUUUCUCUUUUUUAAAUCCAUAUAUGUACAGUAUGGCAUUUUUUAUGAUAUAGGUUACGCUGUAUCUAUGUUAUAGGGAAUCCUUUUUCUGACGUGGUUAACACAAAUGCAGUGGUAUGAAGUGUGAACAGUGAACUACUGCAUUUGUUCACAGACAUAAAUUCAGUGAUAUUGUCAUGAGAAA